UUAAUCAUAAUGCCAUACGUAUUGGCAGAAGCUUAGCAAUAGGUCUACUUUUAGGCUCUGGAAGGCAGAAUUUCUCUGUUUAUCUCUACUGAGCUUAGGUAUAAAACCGCGAUCCAGCGCAUAAUGCUUCAGUCAUAGCUUUACAGUGCCAGCGCCAGCAUGUCGAUGUCGAUCGCCCGUUUCGGAUUUUAUUUGUGUAUCUUGGGCUUGGUGGCGGCCCACUUUGAGAGGGAGGGCCUCACCUGCAAAGCGAAUGGAGAAUAUUGCCAGAUGCAUUCGGACUGCUGCUCGAGGAAAUGCAUGACAUACCUGAAUGUCUGCGCCAGGAGGAUAGACGAAGGCUUUUCCCUAGAGACUCCACACCAGUCAAACAGUAUCUAUGACAUCGAUGUGAAGCAGUCUUCCAAAGAAUUUCCUGACAUCGUGGACAUCGUAACGCUCGCCACGGAGUCAAAGCAGACACCACAGACGGAGCAGGGCAGGCAGUGCCAGCCGGUCGGUGGACAGUGCUCUGUCGGCGAGGAGUGCUGUACGAAACGUUGCCACUCCUACGCUCACAAGUGUGUCACCUAAAGAGAUGUCAGACAAAACGAGUAAUAAUAAUAGCUCGGAUUAUUACUCAUUCGAUACAUACAUGUACAAUAUGUAAUUGCUUAUCACCAAAGCUAAUUAAGUUAAAUAAAGUAUCGCUUAUCCGUAGCAAAGUUCAGUAAUAUGUCUACUUUUCGGCUCUGGAAGGCAGAAUAUCUCUGUUUAUCUCCACUACGCCUAGCUCCACGCUUUACAUUGAAGGGGCCAGCAUGUCGAUCAGCCGUUUGGGAUUUUAUUUGUGUAUCUUGGGCUUGGUGGCGGCUGCCACGAGUUGCCGAGCGAAUGGACAAAAUGUGAGUUGCAUCUUACUCCAGCUGAGAUCAUCUCUCCACACCCGAGUUUCAGUGCCAGGUGCAUUGGGACUGCUGCUCGAGGAAAUGCAUGACAUACCUGAGUGUCUGCGCCAAGAAGAUAGCCCGUGCAUUUUCCCGGGCGGUGCUGCCCCAGUCCAACAGUACCCAGAAAAACGAUGCCAAGCAGUCUGCUCAUCAAUUUCCUGACAAGAAGUCAGUCCGGACACCACAGGAGGAGUAGGGCAGGCAGUGCAGCCCCGACGGUGGACUGGUAACAGUCAGUGUGGAUCUCACCUUGAGCCCAUGUAAAUGCUUAUCACCAAAGCUAAUUAAAUAGAAAAAUAGUAACGCUUAUCCGUUGCAAAUCGUAGAAAAUCGUAGCGCAUAAUCCUUCAGUCAACGCUUUACAGCCUAAGAAACAGCAUGUUAAUGUCGAAUCCUCUGUCGAUCGCCCGUUUGGGACUUUAUUUGUGUAUCUUGGGCUUGGUGCGGGCGUGCAUGCCCAUUGGUGGACGGUGCUAUGUCGGCGAGGCGUGCUGCUCUCGGCGCUGCCACUUCUACGCUCACAAGUGUGUCACCUAAAGAGAUGUCAGACAAAACGAGUAAUAAUAAUAGCUCGGAUUAUUACUAAUUCGAUACAUACAUGUACAAUAUGUAAUUGCUUAUCACCAAAGCUAAUUAAAUUAAAUAAAGGCUCUGGAAGGCAGAA